CGACUUUUUCCCCUCUCUCUCUCUCUCUCUCUCUCUUUCUCUCUUCCCAAAGGGUAUCAUUUCCCGGAGUGGGCUUAUAAAACCGAGUCCAGCCCCGGCUCCAGGCAGAUCCAGCUGUGGCACUUCAUCCUGGAGCUGCUCCAGAAGGAGGAAUUCCGCCACGUCAUCGCCUGGCAGCAGGGAGAGUACGGCGAGUUCGUCAUCAAGGACCCCGACGAGGUGGCCCGGCUGUGGGGCAGGAGGAAAUGCAAACCCCAGAUGAACUAUGACAAGCUCAGCAGGGCCCUCAGGUGAGGAGGGAAGGG